AUGGCAAAUCCUACACAAGGUCGUUCCUCUUCCAUCCUGCUAGCAUCUGGACGCCAGGCACCUCAACAGGCCGUCCUCCUCUGGGCUGCUCCACAGUUCGUGUCAAAGUGUGGGCUACAUCAUGGAAAAAGAAAGCCUCCUCGCUGCAGCUUCGCCUGCUCGGCCUCCGGGAUUCCUUCCACCGAACCACCCUAUGUUGAGGAGAUGUUGGCACGAGAAAAUGCAAGGACGCGCAACACGGAACGGAAGGCUAGAAUACGGAAACAUCUGGAGAAACCUGAAUUCUCGCCAUCUGCCUAUGACACAGCAUGGGUGGCUAUGGUGCCAUUGCCCGACACCAAUCGGCAGGCUCCAUGCUUCCCUCAGUGUGUUGAAUGGAUAUUGCAAAAUCAACACUGUAGUGGUUCAUGGGGUAUCAACCAAUUCGGCUUAUUAGCAAACAAGGAUAUUCUGUUAUCAACACUGGCUUGUAUCAUUGCACUUAAGAAAUGGAACGUUGGCUCCGACCACAUAAGUAGAGGACUAGAAUUUAUUGGAAGGAAUAUCUCCACUGUAAUGGAUAAGCAGAUUGUUUCUCCUAUAGGCUUCAAUCUCAUUUUCCCUGGUAUGUUUAACCAUGCUAUCAGGAUGGGUUUGGAAUUUCCAGUCAGAGAAACUGAUAUCAGUGGGAUACUUCACCUUCGUGAGAUGGAGCUGAGAAGAUUGGCUGGUGAGGAAUCUAACGGGAAAGAAACAUAUCUGGCCUUUGUUGCUGAAGAAGGGUUGGUAAGCCUGCUGGACCGCAAUGAAGUUAUGAACUUCCAGAGAAAGAAUGGGUCGUUGUUCAACUAUCCUGCCGCAACGGCCGCUGUAUUAGUCCACCGCUACGAUGAUAAAGCUCUCCAAUACCUCAAUUCCAUUGUCAGUAUAUUUGGCAGUGCAGUACCAACAGUGUACCCACAGAAUAUAUAUUAUCAGCUCUCAAUGGUGGAUAUGCUCAAAAAGAUCGGAAUAUCUCGGCACUUUUCCAGUGAGAUAAACAGUAUCCUGGACAAGGCAUACAUUUCCUGGUUACAGAGAGAUGAGGAAAUAAUCCAAGAUGUAGAAACAUGUGCAAUGGCAUUUCGCCUUUUACGGAUGAAUGGAUAUGAUGUUUCAUCAGAUGAGUUGUCCCAUGUUUCUCAAGCCUUCACUUUCCAUAACUCACUGGAAGGUUAUUUAAAUCAAACAAAAUCUUUAUUAGAGUUAUACAAGGCUUCAGAACUAUGUUUGUCAGAAAAUGAAUUGGUCCUGGAGAACAUAAGUAACUGGUCAGGGCGCUUAUUGACAGAAAAGUUGUGCUGUAAUGGGUCAGAAAGAAUGCCAAUUCUUGGAGAGGUAGAAUAUACUCUUAAAUUUCCAUUUUAUGCAACAGUGGAAGCUCUAGAUCAUAAGAGGAACAUUGAACAUUUUGACUCUAGGGUUCCUCAGCAGCUAAAGACAAAAAACUUGCUGUGUCAUGUUAAUCAAGAUCUUCUAGAUUUUGCCAUUGAAGAUUUCAGUAUUUCUCAAUCUAUAUACCAGGAUGAACUUAGCCACAUCGAGAGGUGGGAGAAAGAAAACAGGCUGCACCAGCUAAGAUUUCUACGCAAGGGGAGUCUAAUAAAUUGUUACCUCUCUGCUGCUGCAACCAUAUCCGCUCAUGAAUUCUCUGAUGCUCGCAUUGCAUGUGCGAAAAGUAUUGCGCUCGUACUUGUUAUUGAUGACUUCUUUGAUGUUGGAGCAUCCAAAGAAGAACAAGAAAACCUCAUCGCAUUAGUAGAGAAGUAUGUUUCCCUUAACUUGAUUUCUUUGUCUACACUUUCUGAAACAGCGCUGGUGUAUUAUGCUUUGCAAGUGAGUCAUCCUUCCUGUUUUGCCAAUGGUUGUCUUAGGUGGGAUGACCAUCAAAAAGUUGAGUUCUACUCUGAGCAAGUAGAAGUAGUAUUUUCUGCUUUUUAUACCACAGUUAAUCAGAUUGGAGAAAUGGCUUCUGCAAUACAAAACUGCGAUGUUACAAAGCACUUGGAUGAAACAUGGCUACAUUACAUGAGGUCUGUGGCAACCGAGGCAAAAUGGCAACGGAAUCAAUAUGUGCCAACAGUUGAGGAAUACAUGACAGAACCGCUUACCUCAUACGGGAUGGGCCCGAUUAUGCUCACAUCACUGUAUUUUGUCCAAAAAAAUCUCCUGAAGCACAUUAUCAAAGACCCGGAGUACAGUGAGUUGCUUAGACUAAUGGGUACAUGUGGCCGUCUCUUGAAUGAUACUCAAGGCUUUGAGAGGGAAUCCAGAGAUGGAAAACUGAACAUCAUCUCACUGCUUGUUCUUCAGAGUGGAGGUUCCAUGUCCAUAGAAGCUGCUCAAGAGGCCACACAGUUGUCAAUAGCCUCAUGUCGGAGAGACCUGCUAAGGAUGGUUGUUAGAGAAGACCGUGUUGUUCCUAGGCCAUGCAAGGAGCUGUUCUGGAGGUUUUGUAGGACAGCUCACUUGUUCUACUGUCACACCGACGGAUUUACGUCGCCCAAGGAAAUGCUCUGCACAAUGAAUGCAAUAUUCACAGAGCCACUCAAACUUCAAACUACCAGUCCUUCUUUUGAUGUUCAAUCAGAACAAUAA